CAAUCUAUUUUAUUAUUAUCGCAAAACCACUUAUGUAAAUUUUAAUAAUAUUGAAACCAUCCCAAAAUAGCUUACCUCUUGAGAAACCUACUUUGCACUAAAGAAACAAAAUGCCAUAAUUAAAUAUGAAAAAAGUGAUUUGUUUUUACCACCGCUACCAAUAUGAAUAACCAUCAUUCCAUUCUAAACAGAUUUUUUAAUACAAAUCACAAUACUUUAUUUUUCACGAUUUAGCUAUUCAUCAAUGGGGAAAAAAAAUAAGAAUGAAGAACGAAUGGGAAGCGCACAAAUCUUCUCCAUUUCAACCACCAAUACCUCAUCAGUCAAAACCUAAUCCAUCCGUCCAUCCAUCCAUCCAUCCAUCUUCUUCCCUCUAAAUAAUUAGCUCAUCCAUUAAACCAAACCCUAAUCACUCCCACUCCCCUUUCCUCUUCUUCUAUUUCUUUCCCCAAACCCCCUCCUCAAAAUCCAAUUUUAAAAAAAUGCUCCGCUUUCUCUACCGCCGUCUCCGAUCCCGGUGGCCGCUCCUCGUCUUCUCCGCCUCCUGGACCCUUCUUUUGACGCUCACCGUCGCCGCUGCCUCCUUCGCCCCUGAGCUCGCCUUCGCCUCCGCUAUUUCUCCGUCCUCCUCUUUUGCUGCCGAGUGCAAGUCCGAUGGUUUGGUCAGGGUUCCGAUGGAUAUCCCGGGAGACGUUCUUUGCGUUCCGGAUCGCUUGUUUAGAAAAUCGGGGAUUGAUUUGAUUGUCCCUCCUAUUUUUGCCGCGGUUGUAGUGGCUGGUUCCGCUUGCUUUGUUAGGGCUUUGGGCCUAUGGGCCGACGACGACGAUGAUGCCCUUUAAUUGGCCUCUUUUGGGCCGCAUUUGUUCUAGGGCCGACUUUGUCCAUUUUUUUUCACAACUUCUCGUUUCAUUUCUAUUAUACUUUUGAUUCUUAAUUGAUGCCCUUUUGCGAUUUUGUGAACAAAUACAACAACUCUAAAGAAUUUUCUUUAUGAGUCA